CUGUUUGAAAUGACGUUUCAGCAUUACCUCAGGACUGUCGCUACCCAAAGAACUCAGGCCCAAGACCUCACGGUCAGCAUCUCAAACCCUGCAGAGUGGUACCCAGUUGCACGUCGUUUGAAGAGAAAGCUCAUUCUACAUGUUGGUCCUACAAACUCUGGAAAGACAUACAAUGCAUUGCAAAGGUUGAAGGCUUCAAACAACGGUCUAUAUGCCGGUCCAUUAAGACUCUUAGCACGUGAAGUGUAUCAUCGUUUCAAAAGCGAGGGGUUUCGUUGUAACCUGGUAACAGGUGAAGAGGUUAUUCAAGAUCUCGAUGAGUUUGGUAACAAGGCAUCUCUAAGUUGUAGUACAGUAGAGAUGGUGGAUCUCAAUACAGAAUUCGAGGUUGCCGUUAUUGAUGAAAUCCAAAUGAUUGGAGAUACCAAUAGAGGCUGGGCUUGGACUAAUGCACUCAUUGGUGUCAGAGCUCACGAAGUCCAUCUGUGUGGAGAGGCAUCUAUUGUGGAUCUCGUUAAGAAGAUUGCACACAUGACAGGUGACGAAGUCAUUGUUAAGGAAUACAAGAGAUUGGGUAAACUACACGUUGAAGAACGGCACCUUGCAAACAAGCUCUCUGAUCUGAAGAAAGGAGACUGUAUUGUGGUGUUUAGUAAGAAGAAGAUCCUUCAGUACAAAGCUGAGAUUGAAAGACUCACCAAGCUGAAAGCUGGUGUAAUUUACGGCGCUUUACCAGCGGAGACCAGAACUGAACAGGCAAGAAAGUUCAACGAUGGUGAAUACGACGUGUUGGUGGCAUCUGAUGCUAUUGGUAUGGGAUUGAAUCUGAGAAUCAAAAGAGUGAUCUUUGACAGUCAUAAGAAGUUUGAUGGUACAAAGAUGAUUGAUAUACCAGUUCCACAUAUGAAGCAGAUCGGUGGCAGAGCUGGACGUUAUAAAUCUAAUGAUGAGAGUGUUGGAUACAUAACUGCAUUCACCAGAGAUACAUUGAAACGUAUUCAUAAAUGUAUGGAUCAUGAAACCAUCAAAGUCGAGAAAGCCAUACUUUGGCCAAGUGAUGAAAUCUGGUCCCAUUACAUAUCUGAAUUCCCAAAUGAUACCCUUUUAAGCGUGAUAAUGGAAAGAUUUAAGAAGGAAGUGUCCAAAUCGAAGAUCUAUGAAAUUGCAGAGAUUGAUGAGCGGACAAAGAUCGUUCAAGUCUUGGAGAGCAUUAGAGGGAUGCUGCUUACAGAUAUGCUGAGAAUCGCAACAGCUCCUAUAAGUCCUCGCUUACCUGAUUUCCAGAGUGUACUUUAUGGAUACGGUUUCAACGUUUGCAGAAAUCAAACCAAGAACUGCUUUGAGUUUGACUUUUUGGACUUUACGCUCCUUAAGGAGAAGAUUUGGGAUGUUCAGGAUCUAUCACACUUGGAAAACUUGCACAAGUACCUGAUGGUUUGGAUGUGGAUGAAUAACAGAUAUCCAGAACUAUUUGUCAUCAGGGAAAGUGCCACCGAUGCAAAGAACCUCAUUGAGGAGAGAAUAGAAGAGACAUUG